CCAGCGCCGAUCCCAGAAACCCGCGCGAGCGUCCGAGAGCUGAUGCCCGAGCCGUGUUCUGCUCCUCCAGAGACGCAGUGCUCCUCCCGGGCGGCGCUGGAGGCGGCGCCUCCGAUGCCGAUCCCUCCCCAGCCGCCCCCGGCGGACAUCGACGAGGCGCAGCGGCCGCCAGCCGGCACCGUCGCGGGCAGGUGGCGCACGUCCGAGGCGGCGGCAGGGGAGCCCAGUGGCGCCCUGUUCUGCCUGGAGGCCCACGGGGAGCGCGCGCGCGAGGACCUGCCCGCGGAGGCGCGGCAGCUCUUCUUCUGCGGCGACGCUGACGCGGCUUGCCUGCCGAGCCUGCGCGUGGGCCGGCACUACCAGCGCGGCUUCUGGCAGCGGGUCAUCCAGCCAGCGUUCCUGGCGAGCAGCGGGUGGGCCGCCACGCUGGCCGUGGACCACUUCGAGAUCCGCGCGCUCCGCCGCAGCAAGCCCGCCUCCAGCGAGCCGCCCGUCUGGCACUUUCGCCUGCGGGUGGUCGGGCCGUUGGGCGUGGCGCUGAACUACGGCUCCCCCUGCAGCAGCGGCGACGAGGAGGUGGAGCUCGGCCCCACGACACGCUGA